GCAGGAAUAUUUGCGCAGUUGCAUAGUGAAGGGUGCAGCCAUUAUUUUUUGGUGCCUCACUGUUAACUACAGGUUGUAGACUAAGCUGAAAAAGAAAUAUACCUGAUACCGCGAAUAUUUCGCUAAGCUCUUUCUUAGCUCUCACUAAGCAGAGAUUUCUGAGCACUUUUUAUUUUUUAUUUUUCAGGGAAGUACACGCGGGAAGCCUGAGGAGAGUCUGGAGACUGUUUGUGCGUAGUUUUGAACCGCACCGUAACACGGAACUAUAACAUUAUUAACACGAACUGUUUGACUCCCAGUGUAGUGAUGGACGUGUCGCUGAAAAUCGAGUCAUCUGAAAGUGUUAUGCCUCCAUCCUGCGAUGAAAGUCCAGCUGCAACUGAGUCGACUGCGAGCAUUUCUUCUGUAACUGCGGCUCAUCAUGUGGAGCAGCUCAAGGAGCCGACCCCUGUGUUCCUUUACCCUAUCAGUAUAAACAGUCCUGUAUCUGUAUUUAGAGACCAGAAGGUACCCCAUGCUGUUAGAAGGGAGGAAGCAAGAAAAGGUACUGCGGCACGGGGCUACCCUGAAGCAGUGUCUACCUCAUCCGAGUUCACCCACCGUGCUAUUGUGCACCUCAUUGAAGCGAUGCAUCGUUGCUGGGACGUGUAUGGCUCCCAUGAACGCUCUCGUCUCUUCCAGAAUGUCCAGAAUGAGCUGGAGAACCUUGGCCACUUGCUGCCAGUAGAAAAGAUUAGAAGAAAAUGGAACAACCUCAUUGUCACAUACAAGAGAGUAAAAGAGCGCAGCAGAUUGGGCAGAGGCCAGGCCAAGACCUCAUGGGAAUACUUUGAGAUGAUGGACAAAGUAUUGGGAAAAACAAAGAUUAAUCAGCACGAUCCUGCUUCAGCCACUCCUGUUGGAGUUGCAACCACAGCUAAAACAGCUGUAAAGUCUGAAGAGCACCAGCCACACAGUGUGUCAGUCGCUGCAGUGGCCACUCCUUGUUUGCUCCCUAGUGGCCUCUUCACCGCACCUUCCCCAGUUCCUACGCUGGUGACAUCCCCUUUGCUGUGUAACACAUCCCCAAAUCCAGACCCAGGCCCUGCAUGCAGCACUGACAGUUCCAUGCCCACGGUUUCCCCCAGACCUGCUUCCAAGAUCACAAGGCAGCCACUGAAACGGAGGUUUCUGCAUCUUCAGCUCGGCUCAGUGGGCUCUCGCAUUGCCCAGCAGCAGGGGCACGCAGGUGAGCGUACUACCCUUCUUCGCAAUUUCAUCACCAGUCAUGAAGAACGCGCACGCCUGGAUGAGCAGCGUCACCGCAAAAAUGACGCCCGUAAACGGCGCCAGGAAAGAACACUAGGUAGCAUGGCUGAAGCAGUGGGAAGGAUGGCAACAGCCCUGGAGUUAAUCUCAUCCAAGCAAGACACUAUCAUUGCCCUGCUCCAGAGACUGGCUGAUAAAUAUUAAGUAACAAAUCAAAAGAAGAUUUUAAAAAUAUAUAUGAUUUCGUUAGAUUCAGAUGGUCCUAUGUAUGUGUGUGCAGUGUUGUUUUUUCAUUUAUUGUUGGUUACUAAUUACAAGUAAAUGUAGAAAUGUUACUGGAAAUGUUGUAACAGAGUAAGAUAUUUUCCACUCUUCUUUUUUUUUUUUUUUUUUUUUUUUUUUUAAAUUUUCAUUACUUUGUUAAGCUUACUACAUUUUUCAAUAUAGUACUGCUACCAAAUACUACAUUAAAGUGUUCUGACAUUCAAGAUGUUUGUGAUUAGUAGGGCUGCAACAACUAAUCGAUAAAAUCGAUAAUUAAAAUAAUCAAUAGCAAAUUUCAUUAUGGAUUAGUUGGGUCUGUGACGAUACCGAUGCGGGGUUUAUCCACAGUGACGUCACUUCAGAACGGUGAAAAACACAUUUCCAUGAAUUAAACAUGUCUGAGAAACAGCGGAGGUCACAGAGUGAGCUGCUGCUGUGGGAAAAGUGCAUGAUCCAGAUUGUCCAAAACAUGAGAAUGUUCUAUAUUAAGCGUUUCAAACAAACUCGUAAGUGUAUUAACGUGGCUUGUCAUGUCAGAUGCUGCUACAGAUGCGUGUGCUGUUUAAUGUGUCCCAGGCAUGUUUUCUUCAGUGCAGAAAUGACAUUUUUUUACGUUUAUAUCCUUAUCUAUAACUGUUAGAAAUUCAUGCUAGUAUUUUACAUAAAGCAUUUUACAUGAAGACUCGUUCUGACAGCGAGUGAGCAUUAAACUUCACUGGACAAGCGCGAGUCCACGUAUACGCAUCAAACAGCGUGCAAAAUAAAGGAAGCACAAUAACUCUAAAUAAAAUAUUCAUUUUGAUUAAAAUAUGUUGUUUGAUGCUAUAUUUAGUGAUAUUUAGAAACAAAAUGAAUUGUGUUUUUUUAAUGAGAGCAGUAGCUGUAAUGGGGUUAGAACAUGUAUAGCAAUGUAAGAACUGUCAUACAUUUACAGAAUAAAGAAACAUGUUACUGUGUU